UUAAAUUGCAGGUGUGGAUUGGCAAUCAGAAACGGAAUUUAAAAAGACUAAAAGGGGGAAUGACAUCUUCUGAAACUGAACAAUCUGCAGUACAAUUGAAAAGAGCUAAAAGUAUACAAGGGCCAAAUGCAUAUAACUUGUUUUGCAGUAACUUUUUCAAAUCAGAUGAGUGCAAAGGAUUAUCGCACUCCGAAAAGAACAAGCUUGCUGCAGAAAAAUGGUCACAUCAAAACAGUGAUCAGAAAGAAAAGUACCGAGAAACUGCAAAGGCAAUAAAUUGUGUGAAAAUCGAUCAAUUGGAUGAGGUUCAAAAGAGGAAAAUUAUUGAAAGACAUAUUAAAAAACUUCAGGAAGAGAUUAUUGUGCUUGAAGAUCUGGGAUGCCAAAUUUCAUCAUUGAUGGUAGACAACAUGGGAGUAGUUUUCCAAAUUGGAUCGAAUCAAGGAAACCAGUUCUUGUCAUGCAAUCCUGAAAUUGGCAUUAAAUUUUGAGAAUACUUUGGUAAUAAGUUAAAGAAAAUUUUAGUGUGUUGUACAGUAUGUUGUUGCUACUGAAAAUAUUCUAGAGAUAGGAUUAGGAUUGUAUUUGCUUUAGAAAAGGGUUGGCAAGAGAAAUACAUUAUGCAAAAAAAUAUUGUUUGAUUACUUUGAUACCACAUUACUGUGGAUGAAGAACUAAUGUUUUUCAUGAGAGGUUGAAGAAA